UCGAAGACUGCUUUAAUUAACGGUUAAAAUUCAGUUGUUUUAAAUCCGAACCGAGUUGCCAGAAAAAAAGUAAAAAAUGAUAGGAAACAAAACAAGCUUUUAUAUUCUGUUCACAAUAUUUCUCGUAUGGAAAAUCCAGCAUGGUGUCACAGAAUCCACUGAUGAUGAGCAACGCUGUCAGAUACCACUAAAUCUUGAAAACAUGAUUGUAAAACGCCAUAUGCAGGGCAAUGCAACAAUGAAACCCGGAGAUUUCGUUGAUGAAUUUGAAAUCGUUCAUUUAGAUUGUGUAAUCAACAAUGUGCGAAGAUAUUCAGGGAGUUCAUUAUGUAUUGAUGGAGAGUUCUCAGAACAGUUUCCAAAAUGCAGAACUGUUUGCGAUCAAAGCCUCCUAAAUGAUCUGUCAAUUAUAUAUGAAGUAUAUUCUUCGAGUGAUCAAUAUUUGGAAGCAUUUGUGUAUAGAUAUGGCAUACCCGUCAAUAGCAGAGUAGAAAUUUGGUGUGCAUCUGGUUUUCGCCGGAAUUCAAGAAACACCCAGAAUCGCGUUAGCAAUCGGCAAAUAUUACACUGUCUAGAGAAUGGUAAAUUUGAUCAGCUGAUCGAGCCGUGUAUACCCGGAGAGAGUAAUGAAAAAGAGGUCUAAUUGAUGACUUGCACAUAAUCACAUUCUGGAUCGAUUUACGCCAAUGGGAACAUAUAUUUUCUGUCCCUUUAUUUUUAUAAAUCACAUAAAUAUAUGUAUUUUUUUUUUA